GCUUUGGGUAAAAAGGAUGGUAUCACGUAAAAUACAGCUCUCUGGCUACUUUGGACAAAGAGUUUUUUUAAGGUUAUGUGAGCAUAACAAGAAUAUAAGGUAUAGCAAUAGCAGCCAUCUACAAAUGUCUUGAGUGUGUGUAUUGAUAGUUAUCCAAAGAAGUAUAGAUUUUUGACAGUGACCUUCUGACUUUCGAUAAUAUCUAAAUACUAGGUACUUCCGUAAAUGGAUUUUAAGCUUUUAAAAACUUUUAUUUAAAAGUUUUAAAAUGCCCUUGUAACUUGGCUCAAAUAUUACACAUUGCUUUUCUGUUUUGACCUAGUGAUGACAUUCAUUCUCUCUGAAACCAGCAGAAAUGUACUGUGAAGAGUACAGGCUCUGGAGUUGGUCAGAUUUGUUUUCAAGUCUUUGUCACUUACUAGCUGUAAGACCUUUCCUCUUUUAAAAUGAAUAUCUUAUGUCACAGCUCUGUAGAGUUAGAGGUGGUGUCUCUAAAGGGCUCAGCACAGUGUCUGGCACAUAGUGAAUUGUGUUGAAAUGGUCGGUGUUAUAGGAAGAAGUCUAAAUUUUGAUAGCCUAGCCAACAUCACAGUGCAAAUACAGGAAAACCUCAUCUGUAUACCGUCCUGCAAUCAGCACAUUUCUUCUUGGAUUUGUGUUUUGUUUGUAUGUUGAAGUGCCAUGUGUCAGUUUUCACCAUUUCCUGCAACUUUUCCUUUUUCUCAGAAAUGCCUGGCAAAUACCUUCAUUGGGUAUUGUAUAAUUGAGCUAAAAAAAAAAAAAAAUAGAUGGUGCUAUGCAAGCUAAUGAUGAGGCAUUUGCUUCCUUAUAGCAAUCCUUUUCAGUUAGGUGUUCCUGUGUAGCAUGUUAACAGGUGCUUACCACCCUUAGAGAUGUUAGCUGGCCGAAUGCCCAAGCUUAUGCCAAAGAAGGGAGCUUUUGUUGUCUGGAAUGAAAAGUAUACAAUGCUUACUAAAUGCUUAUAGUGUAUUUCAUGAUGAUUGUUAAUGUUAAAGCAUGAAAAGCUAUAUCUUAGCCUAAUAAUUUUACUCAUUACUUCCCCAUUAUUUGCAUUGUUUCUCUUGUUCUGUUUAGAAAGACAUACAAAAGGCCUUUUACACUGUAAGGUUGAGGUUGUGAUGAAUUGCAAUCUAAGAAUAUUAGCUAUGGAGAUCAGCUAUACUAACCCUCUUGUACAUGAAAAAGCUGGCUGAGAGAAGUUGUGACUCACUCAAGGACAUAGAAAGUGUGUUCCAGAGAAAAGCCUUCAGAAAUAUUUGCUAUAUUGACACUGAGCUGUCAGGGGACUCAGGCUUAUGAGGAGGUAUUGUUACACAAAACAGUGUCUAGUGAAGACGACAAGAAAGAGGGGAAAGGAUCGGAAAAAGAAGCUAAAAUACUGUAGAAAACCAUGAGAUCUAUUCGAUCUUUUGCUAAUGAUGAUCGCCAUGUUAUGGUGAAACAUUCAACAAUCUAUCCAUCUCCGGAGGAACUUGAAGCUGUUCAGAAUAUGGUAUCUACUGUUGAAUGUGCUCUUAAACAUGUCUCAGAUUGGUUGGAUGAAACAAAUAAAGGCACAAAAACAGAGGGUGAGACAGAAGUGAAGAAAGAUGAGGCCGGAGAAAACUAUUCCAAGGAUCAAGGUGGUCGGACAUUGUGUGGUGUAAUGAGGAUUGGCCUGGUUGCAAAAGGCUUGCUGAUUAAAGAUGAUAUGGACUUGGAGCUGGUUUUAAUGUGCAAAGACAAACCCACAGAGACCCUGUUAAAUACAGUCAAAGAUAAUCUUCCUAUUCAGAUUCAGAAACUCACAGAAGAGAAAUAUCAAGUGGAACAAUGUAUAAAUGAGGCAUCUAUUAUAAUUCGGAAUACAAAAGAGCCCACGCUAACUUUGAAGGUGAUACUUACCUCACCUCUAAUUAGGGACGAAUUGGAGAAGAAGGAUGGAGAAAAUGUUUCGAUGAAAGAUCCUCCGGACUUAUUGGACAGGCAGAAAUGCCUGAACGCCUUGGCGUCUCUUCGACAUGCCAAAUGGUUUCAGGCAAGGGCAAAUGGAUUAAAAUCAUGUGUAAUUGUCCUCCGCAUUCUGCGUGAUUUGUGCAACAGAGUCCCCACAUGGGCACCAUUGAAAGGAUGGCCACUAGAACUUAUAUGUGAAAAGUCUAUAGGUACUUGUAAUAGACCUUUGGGCGCUGGGGAGGCCUUGAGACGAGUAAUGGAGUGUUUGGCAUCUGGAAUACUACUUCCUGGGGGUCCUGGUCUUCAUGAUCCUUGUGAGCGAGACCCAACAGAUGCUCUGAGCUAUAUGACCAUCCAGCAAAAAGAAGAUAUUACCCACAGUGCACAGCAUGCACUCAGACUAUCAGCCUUUGGCCAGAUUUACAAAGUGCUGGAGAUGGACCCCCUUCCAUCUAGUAAGCCUUUUCAGAAGUAUUCCUGGUCAGUUACUGAUAAAGAAGGUGCUGGGUCUUCAGCUCUAAAGAGGCCAUUUGAAGAUGGAUUAGGGGAUGAUAAAGACCCCAACAAGAAGAUGAAACGAAACUUAAGGAAAAUUCUGGAUAGUAAAGCAAUAGACCUUAUGAAUGCACUAAUGAGGCUAAAUCAGAUCAGGCCUGGGCUUCAGUAUAAGCUCUUAUCUCAGUCUGGCCCCGUUCAUGCCCCAGUCUUCACAAUGUCUGUAGAUGUGGAUGGCACAACAUAUGAAGCCUCAGGACCAUCUAAGAAAACAGCAAAACUUCAUGUAGCGGUGAAGGUAUUGCAGGCAAUGGGAUAUCCAACAGGCUUUGAUGCAGAUAUUGAGUGUAUGAGUUCCGAUGAAAAAUCAGAUAAUGAAAGUAAAAAUGAAACAGUGUCUUCAAACUCAAGCAAUAAUACUGGAAAUUCUACAACUGAAACCUCCAGUACCUUAGAGGUAAGAACUCAGGGCCCUAUCCUCACAGCAAGUGGCAAAAACCCUGUAAUGGAGCUCAAUGAAAAAAGAAGAGGUCUCAAGUAUGAACUCAUCUCAGAGACUGGUGGAAGCCAUGACAAGCGCUUCGUAAUGGAGGUAGAAGUAGAUGGACAGAAAUUCAGAGGCGCAGGUCCAAAUAAGAAAGUGGCAAAGGCGAGUGCAGCUUUAGCUGCCUUGGAGAAACUGUUUUCUGGACCCAAUGCGGCAAAUAAUAAGAAAAAGAAGAUUAUCCCUCAGGCAAAGGGUGUUGUGAAUACAGCUGUGUCUGCAGCAGUCCAAGCUGUUCGGGGCAGAGGAAGAGGAACUCUAACAAGGGGAGCUUUUGUUGGGGCGACAGCUGCUCCUGGCUACAUAGCUCCAGGCUAUGGAACACCAUAUGGUUACAGCACAGCUGCCCCUGCCUAUGGUGGUUUUUUCAUUGACAGCCCCUAUUGCCAGCCUCUGAGCGUCGCACCAUUUAUUAUUCACUUGGGCCCUCAAGAUUUCUUCUCUGACUUCUAGAACCAUCAGGUUGUCUGGCUUGAAAUGGCAAUUUCUAUGUCUUGGUCUUAAGAGCAAUGUGACACCCUGAGGCUAUCCAGCUUUCAGACACACCACUCUGACACCCUCUUUUUGAAAGCAAUGACUGAUCAUUUUAAAGAAGAGCAAUACUUUGUUCAAAGCCACGGUGUCUGUUUUAAAACUUUUCCUUUGGAAACCUAGCAAUAUCUGUACUUAACCCCUUUUUAGCAUAGUUUCUCGUCAGGGAGUUUACAGAUCAGUGUAGAGCUUACCAUUAGCGUGUGAGCUGUGCUAUGUUCUGACAGUUUUUACACUUUUUAGCACAUAAAUAGUUACAUUCCUGACUGCGUCAGUUAGCGUUACUAUAAUUUCUCAGAGAUAGGGGUCCUCCUUGAAGCCAUAUCCUCUGCAUGGGGACUGGCCCCUAGCCAGGGAUGUGGCUUGCAGCUCGUGUUUCUUCAGGCUGCAGGAGUACCCCAUCUCUUGUGCAAGGUAAUUGGUCCAGUAGAUUUCCAACAUACCUCAUGCCGACUAGAUGAAGUGCAUGGGUGGUGAAGUAAGGAGUUGAGUUUACAUAGUUCUGAAGUGGUUUGUAGUCUCUCUCAAAUUGUUAGCCUGGGGAACCAACCACUGAGAGAUUUUGCUGGUAUUGGCCUUUGCUUUUUUUUUUUUUUUUUUAAAUUUUGGGUGAAUGUUUGAAAAUCAUGAAUCAGCCACCAUUAUUAAUUGAAGAGCUGAGAAUACCUCGUUAAUGUAUUUUUAAAACUGGUGUUGGACCCUCUGUGUAUUUCAGGUUAAUACUUUUAAGCAGUUUUCAGCACGUUUAUCUCACUUUAUUCUCGUUCUCCUCGGACCUUCGUAGCCAUAUCACUUGUAUAAAAUAGGCUGAGAUAUAGUGACUGUAAGCUGUGAUCUCAGUAUACAAAGGUAAGCUCUUUUAUUUUCUGAUUAAAGAGAAAAAUAGUCAAUUAAGACAACAUGCAUAUAUGACAAUCAUAUAUGAUGUAUUUGAUCUCUUAGGUCAUAUGUCAUCGCAUUACCUUUAAAAAUUGUAUGGUCUAAAUGUAAAAUAGUUAUUUUUCAACAUUUGUUUUAAUACCCUUGUAACUGCUUUUUAUUCAAGACAGACAUUUCACUUACACUAAGUGUGUGUGUGUGUAGAAACUUAGGAUAUAACAUGUAUGUAAAUUACACACACAUACCUGUUUAAAUGUAAGAAUUCAGUGAUAGGAACAGUUCAUCUAAGAAGAUUUUAAUGACAGGGCACUCUUUUGGCCAAAGCAGUGGAAUUUCCUAGGCAGCAAGGUUGGGAACAGUGCUGGUAGGAUCCGUAUGUGUAAGCUGUUACACAAGCUGGGGAUCAAAGUGCCAAUUUCUCAAGGAGAGAAACUUCUCCGAGAAAUGAAAGUCUCUGAUCUGUGUUGUAUGCCAUAAUACAACAACAGCAAGAAGCCAUAAAAAAAAAAAGCAAUAGAAAAUGAAAAAAAAAAAACAAAACAAAAUAUUAUGGUAACUAUGGAAAAAUAUAUAAUUGACUGAGCUAAGUUAAUUAUUUGCAGAACCAACUUUAGCAAGACUCGGGGUGGUGAAUAUCAGAGUCUGCAGAGACCAAAUAGACUUAAAGCAAUCCAUCUGUCUUUUCCAGGUUAGGUAGCUAGAUUAUUGAUUUCCCACCUUAUUCAACCAUCAUGGAGUUCAUGUAAAGAUGUGAGGGUUAGGCAGAUAUUUUAAUAAAGAUUUGCUUCAUUUAGGUGUGUCCCAUAAAUGCAUUUAAUUGUGUAAGAUGUUCUGUGCUAAGGCUGUAUUUGAUAUAUGUAGAUUAAAAUGAAUUUCAUGUUUCAUAUUUGUUUCUAAGUAGCAGUUUCUUUUGAUUACUCACUUUAAAGUUGCUGGAACAACUCUUGUUUUUUUCCAUGCAGAAUCUGUAUGUACAUUUAAUGUGGCUUUGGCCUCUAUAAAAGGUUGUACGAGGUAUAGCUGACUAGUACUGAGUGCGAUCCAGUCCUGCUGAAACAGCCUAGUGCCUAUUAGGUGCCAGGUCCUCUUCUGGGUACAAGUGAACAGAGGCUGUGCCCAGUGGAAGCAUUUUAAUUCUGACAGUCUCCUUGUUGUUGGAAUUGGGCCUAUUACAAAUAUCCUACUUUGGGAACCAGAUACUUUGUUAACUGUGGCAAAAAGAAUAUCAGCUCAGUUAUUAGUUUAAUUAUAAACUGUUUAAUAAUGUAGGCCCUCUGACAUCACCAAAAUAGGCGUCACUUGGAAAUUCACUCAUUUAAAAUAUUUCCCUGGCAGUUUUGAGAGCCUGAAACCUACUCUGGUUUAUGUUCAUGGACCUCUGUCCAAUAAGUGAAUGUAAUGAAAUGAAUUCAUAACAAAUACUACAGUCCUUUCCAAGUAGUUUUUAUAGUAGAACAAAGGACAAAGUGGUUAAUUUAAACACUGAGCACAUUUUUUUUAAUGACAAAUGAGAAAGUUUCACCCUUAUAAUCAGUCAUUCACCAUAAUUUCCCUGUUUCCUAGAUUUCAUUAAUAACUGGAGGGAAAUCUUCAGUAGUGAGUUAGAGGAAAGAACUAAGGAGAUCCCCCCGCCUUCCCUGCCCCACCCCAGCAAUUAGAUUUCAAGCAAUCCAGAGCCCUAUACACCAGGGUCAUUAAGAGCAGUUAAAGCUGAAAACAACCUGCUCUGUGAAUGGUCUUCCCCUAAUUCCCAUUCAUCUUAUGCCAGUGCCUCCUGAGAGAGGGUGGGGCUAUCUCUGAAUCAUCCAGAAUGAGAAAGGUUCUGUGUAUUCAAACUCAUACCCUAUACAGUCUGACGCCAUGCUGUGCAGUGACCACAGGUUCCUCAGUGUUAUUAGGAGUCUUGGAAAGGAGACAGGUGGUAAAUGGAUAACAACAGCAGAGCCAAGAAACUACUGCUGAGGUGGGUUUCAAUAUUGAUGUGUUUCUCUCUAGCCCUUAUUUACAGAGCACAGAGCUAGUACUUAUAUAAGAAUCAGUCCCUUCCUUUCUUAAUAGCCUCUUCCCAAAAGACUGUUUUAAGUCAAGAAUUCCAGUUGAGUUGGUUGUAAGAAUAGAUAUCCUUUCCCACAUUAUCAUUUUAGGUAGGAACUAACAGAUUCCAUUGAUGCUUUGAAGCAGCGAUCUUUGGAGGUUUUUAAAAAUAGUACCAUAAUGCAAAUUAGGUUAUGUAAGCUUUACAGCACAGCUAGAAAUAGAGACUAGAAACCAUGCGGGAAUCUGGGCCAAAGAAUUUCUCUCCUUCCAGCACAUUCCCAUGGGGCUCAGGAAUUAGAUGAGUUAAUACACAUAAUAUGUUUUGAACAGUACCUGGUGCAGAGUACGUACUCAGUGAAUGUUGAGUGUUCUUACCAAGGUUGGCCGAGGUGAGGAUGAACGUGAGGAGGGCAAGGCUCUGCCAACAGGUGUUGGAGAGGCAGGUGCAUGGCCUGCUCAGGGUGGAGCUGUGUCGGUUCCUUGGUGCUGAUAGGCUUUGGCUGCUGCCAGGCUUUGGGAGAGGACUCCUGGUAUCUAGGGGUUAGACAAGAAACACACCCCAAAGACCUGGUGAGAGCUAGAGUGGUGGCGUUGCUGCAGAUCCAAGCUUAAGGAAGUUGCUCGUGUGUCUGUUAACAGUAGUUAAAUUACCAGCCAGUCUGCUGCCAAGGGUUUGUAAAUACUUGUUUUUUUUUUUUUGGUGGCGGGGGGGAUUUAAGGGUGCUUAGAACUUCAUAAGGGCUGAUCUUAGAAUAUCUACCUGCUGAGUCCAAGUGUCCAACCAGUGAAUUAAUAAUUUUUUAAAAAGGUGUUUGGUUACAACUGCCUCUGGAAUCUAACCUUCAGGGUUUACUAGUGUUUAGUAGGUAGAAAGCAAGUUCCUUUAAAUCACAGAAAGGAAAGGAGGAAACUGAUUGGUGUGCUUAAAAGGCUGUCCACAAGGAUGCUUCUCUGAAAAGCACUCCUAUAGCUUGUCUCUUCUAGUUUGCUUUGAUACUUUCGGGGGGAAAAAUCUGCACUCGUCACCAUAUGAGGCCUCCCUUCUGCCUAUUAGUCUUAGAGAAAGCAUAUCUGCCCAUCUAUUCAUCUUUCUUUUUGUCUAUCCAUUUACUGUCUGGACACAGUUGGGAAGUUGCUUUUUAAUAAGAGGAAAAUGGGUACAUGAUGAAAUUGAUGCUUUUGGAUUAAAUGGAGGGUGCACGUCUUAUCUUCCAUUCCUCUGUGUGUCUACAAAGACUUCAGGAGCCUCUGCAGAAAGGUGGUCACAUGCAUCCUUGGCUGUUGGUAAGAGGUGAGCUAAGCGGGGAACAUAGAUUGGAGCCCUCAGAUGCUCCAAGUUUAUAAAAACUGUGUGUAGACAAGGACUGAGUGUUACCUUUAAGGAGGCAAAUAAGAUUUGCCUUGUAGUCAGGAGGUUUUUCUUAAAUCUAAGAAAUACGUGUUUAGCUAAUGUCCUGGCAAAAGUUAGUACAUUCCCCCCAGGGGAGGCUGUUUGGUGGAGUCUUUGCCUCGUUCAGCCAGCAUUGAGGGAGGACUUCUUUUUUCGCCUUGACCGAUCAGUUGCUAACAUUCUAAUUACUUACUCCUUCUGAGGAGGGUCUUGGUCUCUCUUGGUAGAACUGUGCCAUUUCUGCAAAUGAACGGUGCCAUCCUGCUGGUGGGCAGGGUGAAGAUAGCCACCGUUUGCCCAGGCAGUUUCAGCACUGGACAGAAGGUCUCUGCAUUCAGGUGUCUGCUAAAUGCCCCAAGUAAUGAGGUGAACAGUAGUCCUCAGUUCAGGUCAUUUGGGGCAGCAGUAGAUUGAAGGAGUAGGAAGGGAAGGGGAAGGAGAGAUGCCACCAUUUGUAUCUUGUGUGCCAGGCACUUGGACAUUCUUCUGAAUUCUCCAGCUACCUUCCUGGAAGUAGUAGUAUCCUUAGUUUACAAAAGAAACUGAUGCUCCAAGUUAAGUGCUAGAACCAUUAAUGGAACCGAGCUCUGUUCUAAAGCCUUUUUCUAUUCCAUCCUGCUAUGGAUUAAAAGGCUGGGGCUGACAGGAUGGGCUCUGCUGGUAGCUAGGCCCUCUGACUUGAGGUGACUCCAGAUCAGAUAACCUGGCCUAAAAUAGGGCUCUUUUCAUUUAAAUUGGUUGUGAAGAACGAUUUAACAUGCUGGAAGGACAGGCUGAACGGCUGCAUUGCAACUGUAUCAACAGAGGAAGCAUUUUUAUCUAAAGCUUGUUUUUCUCUGAAUUUCAGUGAAAUCUGAGGUAUGUGUUUUCACUUAGCUUAUAUCUUCCGAGUGCAUGUGCUCUGCCUGGCCUGAGAUAGGUCAUGAGGAUGUCUUCAACAAUUUAAGCCAGACUCUGAAGGCAGGCUGGUGAGGCUUUGGCUCAUUGGGUAUAAGGAAGAGGAGCACAGAGGGGCAGCAGCCCAUGUCUGAGGUAUAAGUGCAAGGGGGUGUCCCUGGACAAGUACUCAGUAGAGAUGGGUGGUGGCAGACUGCAGAGGUCAGUGGUCAUUGCCAGGAGUUUCCCUCAGAGUAGGCCUCAGGGCAGACUGCCAGCCUGGAGUUUGCUGUCUUCCCUCCAAGUGGACCCGUGUAUGGUAAGCCCUGCUUGGAUGGCUUUGUGGUCUCUAAAUUGCUGCCUAUGAACCACCCUGCUGAGCGUGUCGGAUUCUUCUGCUGCUGUAACCACUUUACCAGCUCCUGGGCUAAUGAAUGACAGCUGGGUCUCUGCUCAGGCAUGGGUGGGUGCGGGGAUGGCUGCGGGAUCCUUUUCAGGGCAAGGUAUUCCUCAUCCACCCCAAGUCAUCCUCUUUCUUGGCACUUGGCAGUGUUUCAGUGCACCCUGCUGUAAUCCUGGAGGAGGGCAGGAAAAAGGAACCUUUGAAUCCCAGGCUGUCGUGUUCUAGAGCAUGACGGUGUCAGGGAGAAUGAGCGCCUGGCAUUCGUAGAACACAGUCUUCUCUGAAGCCCUUUCCUGUUUGUCAUUUCAUGGCUUGCUGUACUGGUGGCCCUUGGAGAAGCAGCAGUGCAUAGAUCGUUGUUCCCACCCUGCAGACAGGGAGAGCAGAGCCCAGAGAUUUCUCCAAACCACGCUGCUUAUUUGUGGCAAAGCACUGUGGCCCCUAAUGAGUUUUUAACCACCAGAAGAAAUAACAUUUCUUAAGACUGUUUUUAGAGGUAACAGCAGCCCUUUCUGAGGAAUUAGUUUUGAAUUUCACCACAACUGGAAUUAGAAAUUUUCUCCUUUUACAGAUGAGGAAAUAGAUGCUUAGAUAAGGUGACUUGCCCCAAAUUAUAGUGCGGUGAGUGGCGGUGCUCACCCAGUCUGAGGCUAUGCUGUGUGCAGGUGGUUUGCGUCGCUAGUGUGGACCAAUGUCUGUUCUGUCUUCCAAGCCCACUUGGCAGCAGUGGCUUCUCUCUCUGUGAUGUGUUCUGCUCACCUUUCCUGUAGGCUUCUGGGCUAUCCCCUAUGCACCUUGAAACCAAGCAAAAACCAGCCCACAUCUCCCUGAUCCUUCCUCAGCCUCCUAAAAUCCAGACUUUCUGGGCUCAUUCUUUUUCUGGUUCCUUUGUUAGUGUGCCACUGGGCAAGGUGACCAACUGGUCAGCCCUGGGCCAGGCAUCCUGUUGUGUUUUUUUUUUUUUUUUUUUUUUGCCAGCUACACAGUUGGGGUUAAUUUCUGCAGAUCAUCAUUUUAUACUGUAACUGAACCCUAUAAUAAAGUGCAAAUUCAGUAAUUGCUACUUGGAGAGCUCCUCAGGGGUGGGAAGGAGGACAGGGGAUGUGCUGUUGGAAGUAAGUGUUUUAUGUUCAGCCUCAUCCACACUGUGGUUUUUGGCCACAUCCUCCGUUCCUGGCUCGGCCUUCAAACAUGCGCUGUAGCCGUGGGAUCACCGUCACAGUGACACACUUUCCAGAGCCAGGCUGGUGUUGGGAUCCCCUUGGCUUCUUCCGUCAUGAGACUUCUCGGAAGUCUCAGCUUUCUAAAAAUCCCUCACUCCUGCAGCGGCUACGUUAAAGGAAUAUGGUAGCCAUCAUCUGGGAGGUAAAAACCCUGUGGAAAUUGGCACCUGGGGGAACUCAGGAAAGCUGAAAGCACCUUGAAAUGAGAUGGAAGGACCAGAAGUUUAAGGCUGGUGAAGAGGAGACCUGGAGAGAACGUGGGCACUCCUGCCAGGUAUUUUUAAGGGAUUAUAUUUAUUUGUUGUAUGUGGUUCCAAAGGGUAAAAGACAAUUAUGGGAAGCCAGUGGGGCAAUUUGAGCUAAAAUACACCUCCCGCGACGACAGACUCAGCCUUGAGAGAGCAGCUGAGGUGCGACAUGAGCUCCCUGUAACCGGCAUGUUCGAGCAAGAAGCCGGUUGUGUGGAUGGCAAAGAGGAAAUGCUGUGGAAUGUCAGUUUGGACGAACUCUGAUGUGACUGGUGAUGCUGCCAAGACCAUGUCUCCCUUCUUGGGCACGUAGAUUUAUUGAGAAAAAACAUUCAGUGUCACCUACUGCUUCUUACCAGGCUCUGUGUUGGGGGAGAAGGAGCAGUUGGAGAAAAUGUCAGAAUUUGCAGCUUAGACAACUGAGUAGAAAGUGAAACCAUGGACCCAGAUGGAGAGUACAGGGAGGGGAUGAAAGAGGCACAGAGGAUUUGAACAGAAUGAGAGUCCUCCUCUGUGCAGGGAGAAAGGCUUCAGUGGGUCUCUCCCUCCCUGCUAGGGAUUCUCCUUGCCAGCCCUGGGCUGGGGGCUGGCAGGCCCAUUCCCAGGUCUCCCGCCGAGGGCAGGAGAGGAGCCAGGCCUCAGGAGAGAAGUGCUUACUGAGUAAUUUACCAAGAGCUAUAGGCUUCCCACUGAGCCAGACGGGAUCCCCAGGAGGGGAGUCAGAGGCCGGCCUGGCAUGCACAGAGUGUGUGUGCCUACUUGGGGAUCGUGAAGGGCCUUCCCGUGGGACCUGAGAUGAUUAGCAGAGUGAAGUGGCAGGUGGGACACACAGGCUGCAAUCACUUCUUGAAAGGCCCUGGGUGGCGUGUCCUUCAGUGAUGACCAUUGUCCACGAUAGUGAGUUCCAGAGGGUCUAUUGGGACAGUUGGAUAGCCAAGGACCAGAGUCAGGAGGGAGGGCUGAUGAGCAAGAGGCUCUUGCCGUCGGCCGGGUGAGGCGUGAGGGAGGCUGAUGGAGCGCAGCAGCAGAGGGAUGGAGAGGCAGGAAUGGCAUCUCCUCACAGGCCAGGCUCCUCUGCUGGACUGGGUAGGGAUGGGAAGAUGAUGGCCCCCAACCUUGGGCCAAGGAACAACAGCACCCCCCCCGGGGGCGGGGGACCUGCUGGAAUACUUCUCCUGGACCACUGCUCAGUGGGAAAUAGAGGGAAAAAUGGCGUCUCUGACCAGGAUGGGGGAAGGCCGAGGAAUGGAGGAAGAUACUGACAGGGUACGGAGGAGGUAGAAUGGAGCGAGGGCCAUCUCCACUGGGCUAGGAAAUGGGGCCUUGGUGGCCACACUCCAUUGUGCUGGAGCACUCCGGCAUCUCCAUUGGCAGUGGGUGGGGAGGGGCUUGUGACCUAUCAGCGUCUUCACCCUUUCCGAGUUUCCGCCGGGCUGGGCUCUCCAGCCAGGAGUCACAGGUACCGGGUGGUUGUUCAUGCUGAGGCCUUUAGCUUGGCAAAAAGUUAAUCCAUUUUUGUUCAUUUUUAACCUAAGCAAGGGUUGGAGCUUGUUGGAUUCAGCAUCUGUGGAACACAGUCUGUAGCCCGUGGGAAGGUGUGGACAUUCUUUCCCAAGUUCUUGAAGGACGGAAAGGACCGUGAACUUGUGAGGUGACCGGAGGGUUAGUUUUGGGUGUCAGUUUUGUGUCUGUCCCAGUGCUGCCACUUUUGCUUCGAAAUGGACAGGGAGAGCUGAAGGCCAGCAUGGGUUUCUGCACCUGUUUCCUACAGCUCUGCUGGGGACUGGGGCUCAGGUGGCAGCUGUGGACACGGAUCCAGUCAGCCUUUGGGUGGCCAGAGCUCCAGGGCCAGGUGUCUCUUAGCUGCAAGCAGCCUUCACUGUUAAUCAACAGGCUACGCAAAUCUCACCUCUAAAGAGGUGAAAUGUGAAAAUAAAUGGGAAGCACCGCCUUAGCCCUGUGUCCACAAAUCCUUUCUGUAAAGGGCCAGAUAGUGAGCAUUUCAGGCUUUAUGGACCAUGUGGUCUUUGCCACAACUGCUCAGCUCUUCCACUGUAGCACAAAAGCCGCCAGAGACAGUGCGUAAAUAGACAGCAUGGCUGUGUUCCAAUAAAGCUUCACUUACAAAUACACAGGGCUGUAGUUUGCCAACCCCUGCAAAGUAGGGAGUAUUCUGCCAAAGUUGGCUGUAUUUCACCAACCCCUUAGACUAUAGAGAUGACUUACCCUUUGGCUUAAUCGUGACUGGAAACUUCCUUCCCAUCUGCUGCCUGGACCAUCCACCUCCCCACAAAGGCUUCCUGAGCAUCUCCUCCGUGUGAGCGCUGGCUCAAUGCACAGGACGAUGUAGUUUCUGCCCAUAUGGAAUGUAGGUUUUCAGUGACACGUGGGACAGUGAAAGAGGAGAGCAGGUGGCUAAAGAGCAUCAUACAGAACAGGCCUCAGGGAAGUCCCAGGUGGCAGAGUCUCAGAGAGAAGGGCUGAGGGUGAAUCAGGAAAGCCCUGAAGGCAGGCAGCUCUGGAGUCGGGUUUAGACGAGGAGGAGGCUGCAGUUCUCCAGGAAGGGAAACAGGACCAGAUGACGGAUGAGAUUGUGUGGAACAAUGAGGAGGCCUGCAUAGUCACACAGGCGCAUGGGGUCUGCUCGUAAAGGACCAGGAGGGCCAGGCUCAGGAGUGUGGACUGGAUUCUGUGGGCAGUAGGGAGCCAUUGGACAGUUGUGCUCAGGAGGGUAAUGUGAUCACAAAUGCUUAUUAGAAAUGUCACUGGCUAUGUAUGUGGUUAUAAGUUACGCCUUUCAGUUUAGUCUGGACUUUUUGGUCCAGGUACUUUUGGUAUUAGAGUGGGGAAGAGAGGCCCAGAGAGUUGGACAGGUUUUCUGACCGCUGGCUUAUAGUCAGUGAGCGCCCCACCUUUAUUUUGACACGACAGAGCUCGACAGAAUCUUCCUUCUUCAGGCUUUUUCUUUCCUGCUAUCCUAAAGAUUCACGUACAAGGGCAGGAUAAAUGAAACGUUCUGUCUCCAAUCUAAGUUCGGCUUGGGGCCUCAGAAUAUGAAGGUAAAGCGGCGGGGACGGACUGCCCCUUGCUUCAGAAUCAAGUCACACGGCGGGACCGCUCUAUGGAGCAGAUUGCUUCCUUUGUACGUGCCCUAGGCCCGUGUUCAGCAGGCCUCAGAGAAGCAAAGAUGCUGGCCUCUCGUCCCCAGAGGCUGCCAGCUACUAAGGGAGGUGGAAGCGACUACCCCUGGGGGUAGACUGCUCUGGGCCAGGCCUGACGUCAGGCGUAGGGGACUGAGGUGAAUCAGACAUGGUGGCUGCAUUGAGGAAUGCUCAAUGUAGCUGGGGUGAUGAAAAACCCACGGCUGUUGGUAGUGCUUUCUGCUGAGCACGGUCUUUCCUCUCAGAGGGGUUUCUAGGCACGUUGAAGGGAGCUGCCAUUCAGAGCAUCGGAGAGGUGCCAGGGACGUGAGCUGCUGCGUUUGACAUGAACAGAAGCUGGGAGUAGCUAUGGUUGCUGUGCGUUGAUAGGAUCACAGUGUCCGCUGUGAAGGGGCGGGUAGGGCUGGAGAAAGAUGGCCUAAUACAAGCGCCUCCACAGGUGCUGAUGCAUGGAAGCCCCCACAGCCCCGUGGGGUAGGUGAGGAUCACAUGCAGCUCGGAGAAGAGAAGGCACUUGCCCCUCUGCCUGAGCUGGAAGGUGGUGGCCAGCUCCACACAGGGCUGUCCCAGGAUGCUGAUGAGGCGGGACCAGCCACAGGCUGGCAGCGCUGCACUGUGACCCCCUUUCACAGGGCCCAGCCUUGUUUCUGGCCUUCCUGGACUGAGUCAGGAGGUGAGGGCUAUGUUGCUGCCCCAGCGCAGUCGGGCCAGGUGUGGGGAAAGGCAGGAGGGAGGUGUGCUGUGCUCUGAGCAGCCUGGCAGGCCCUGGAGAGGCAGGAAGCCACUGCAAACUUCAGGAACUGGGUGCUGCUUCCUCUCAGUGAAGUUGUGUUUUGCUAAUCUCUGAUAACCGGUGAGGGAUACAGAAGGAAGAGUUGCCCCUGGGUGGCUGCUGUCUUUAGACUUGUCAGGCUCCCUCUGGUAGAGAAGUGCCUCUCGGAUUUUGCUGCCUGGUCUUCUCUCUUAUGGACAUGGAGUGGCUCUCAGGCUCUUACCAUAAGUGUGGAACUUCUCGGUAGGUGUGGAACUUCUCAGCUCUAAGAAGGGACACUUGUUGCAUUUUCUAGAGAAGUUUCUGGGUUUAUGGAAGGGAAACUGACAAACUGGAGCCGGCACAGAUGGACAUUGGGUAAAGAGAAUGCAGCCUGUCCCUGGCUGCAGUGCCAGGUGUGGCCUUUCAUGUGGCAGCAAGUCACGUGCUGUGGCUCCAGCUUCUUAGGAAGGCUCUUGUCUGUCAAGCAGUGGAGUUCCUUACAGACAAGAGCCUUGCUCAGGCCAACUCUGCCCCUGCCUACAGGCACAGGUGCUUUGCCAUCUGUCCCGUUUUCCUGCUUAGGGAACCAAGAUGGUCAGAAAGUUUCUUGACUCUAACCUAAAUAUUUCUGCCGCUUUUGCGAGUCAGACUCUGUUUCUUUUCAUGGUUUGUGGAAAUGGAUCAAGAAUGGGAGUAGGAGUUUUAGAUAGCUAGGGAGGUGGUGAGAAGUUCCUUCGCCACCUGUAAUUUACAAGUCGUGUUUCAGGUUUCCAGCCUCUUUCCUCUGUUCUGGGUAUCUUGUGCUCUCCACCUUUAGGGAUUUUGGUGUGGUGGGUCAGUGGCAAGACACUCGAUUCAGACACACGCAUUUCCGAGGCACUUUCAUGUCACUUACCAAGCCUCCUUGUGUGCAAGUAUCACUUCACUGGCUCCCUCAGGCUGCAGCCCUGACCCCCAAGGUAGUGAUGGCAGCUGGUGCAUGAGGUAUGAUUUAGAAGUAGCCAGGCAAGCCCUGGUUGCAAAAAAAAUACCUCUUCUAUCCUGACAGCAGGCCAGAGGCGCUGCCAUUAGACGCAUCCCUCUACCUACCCCCGAUCACUGUCCAUGGUCAGGCCGGCCUUGCACAAUCAGGUUCCGUUCACUCCGCACCCCCUUUCUUAGAUGGGUGUACUGAGCACUGCUUUUCCCUUAGCUCACUUCAUGUGGCAGCUUCUCAGGGAUGGGACCUACCAUGGCUGUGGGAGACGCUUCGCUACUACUUACUACCUUUCCGAGGGAGGAGGGCUCAUUUUUAGAAACGUUACCGGGGAGCCAAAUUGUAGGCAUCCGACCAGAGGGCCUCGCUCUCUUCCUCUCCCAGGAAUCAAGGGCAGCUCUGGCUCUCUGAGGAGCUGUCUCCAGCCUCCAGGUGGAUGUCCUUUCCAGCAUACCAGGGCUUAUGGAGGCAAAAUGAAAGCUGGUCCACGUGGGAACUCCCUGCUGUUGUCCUUCCUUGGGCAGAAACCAUAUACUUUUUAGCCCCUAGCAGUGUUUAUCCUGUUUUCCCCAAGGCAUCCUUGGACUCAGGCCUUUCAUCCUGGACCCAGCUGUCUGGCCUGUUGUGCUGAGCCUUUGGUCUAAGUGGUUGGUUGGUCCCAGCCACUUCUUCAAAAGGUUUCCUGAGGUAACCAUAAAUUAGGGCAGUCGUACUUCCAGGAACAGUGAGGCUGAUGGGCCUGUUCCCAAGGGUGCUUUGGCAGGGGGUGCUGGGGAAGGGGCUGGCCUAGGGCCAGGUUCAUCAUACCAUUAGCCCUACAGCCCCAUGCCUUUGUGUCCUGGUUUACCUGCCGUGUAGUGGUCCUGCAAGAGUGGAGCCUGUAGGACUUGCUUCUCACCAGCUCCAAGCAGAACUCUGUCUGGGAAGGUGGGAGGUGCAGCCAGUCUAGACCUGAAGCCCUCACACUAAGGACUAAGGUAGGCCUGCUCAGCCUUAGCCCUUCGUCAGCCCCAAGGGUGGGGGAGGCAGGAGGAGGCUGAGCGUAGUCGUGGAUAGAAACCUUUCCCUACCGCACGGUUACACACAUGGCAUUGGACUCCUGGCUAUAGCUCACUUGGGUCUGCUGAAGACCAAGUUAGUUUUUAGAAAUCUAUUUAAAGUAUCUAUCAUGUAUCUAUUUACUGUGUUUUUCUGAAUACGCAAGUGUAAAUAGUAUAAUUUGCAGUGCAAAGUCCUUGGCAAUAACUUUGUGUAUUAUGUUUAAAAACACUGGAAACCGCGACCACCAUGGACUGCCCUUCCCCUCUGAGGCAAUUAUUACAUGUAGGACUCUGAACUUUAAACCUUCAGCGUGACUGAAGCAGCAGCCUGCACAUGUGGACGGUCAUCAGUGCCUCGCCCAGAGAUGCCUGGCCUUCAUCCAAAGGGACCCUGCUGCCACAAGUCCUCCAGGCAGCACCCACACUGUGGCUCCUUCGCGCUCAGUAUGUUGGACUCUGCCGUAGACUGACCCUCUUGUCUGGCUGCUGCAGUUUGUCUGUAAUGCCCUGACAUGUUGCAUUUUCCCCAUUUGGAUAAAUAAAAACAAAUGCUUCUGUCACA